AUGGAACCAUUCCUUCUCGCUCACCUCGCUUCUCAACACCAUAACAGCGAAUACAAUAUCCUCAAAUUCGGAGCAAAGGGCUCUCCUGUUCGCUAUCUUCCCUUGUCCCUUCACUUGCCAGAUCAGUUUAGACUUCUUCGUGCCCAUCAACUCACAAACGCCCUCAAUAAAUCAUGGUGGCCUUCCGAUAAAUCUUGCUGGAAUACUGCCCUUCUUCUCGGUCCCUCUGGCAUCACUGACCAUCCAGAUUCGCCCAAAGCUGUCCUUCUCUCCCGCAAACUCUCUGCUGCCAUUCAAGAUUCCCUUCAUCCACUUUCAUUUUCCUUCAAGACUUCUUCAUCUCAUCCCAUAAACAUCUCCUCCAUUAUCUCCUCAGACCUCGUCCCUUUGAUUUCCUCUCAUGCACUUCUUUCAUCCUCUCCUCGUCCCUUUCCUACAGUUCUCCACUUACCCCCCACCUUUACCCUCGAUCGUUUUUUCGUCUCUCGACAAUCUCAGUCUCAUACCCUGACCCUCCCCUCUCAUACCCAGCCCUUGCCUGCAUCUGUCAUCGUCCCACUGCAUUUAAAUCCUCCCUUUUGUACUACGAUAUCCCGAACUUUGCAAUCCGCUCUCAGUAAUCGUCUCGCCGCUGUCCAUAUCGAAACCUGCGACCGAGAUCCAUCCGACUAUUCUGACCAACCCCAGCAAAGCCCGUUGGAAGCAGUUUUUUCAGACAAUUCUCUCUCGCUCUCCCUUUCUUCCAGUCUUCUGCCGCCGUCCAGUGUAAAGAUUUCAUCUUGUCAUCCUGUGGCCUGGUCUGAUGAACUUGAAAAGAUCAGUGCUCGUCCUCCAACCAGGACUAUCAGUCUUGGCCGUCUGUCAAGCCAACCGUUAGGCCAUUCUUAUCCGUGCAAGGCAAGCCCUGGACGUCUUUGGAAGAGCGAUACUUUUACCAUAGGCGAUCUUUUCUUGUCCUCUUGUCCCGGAAAAAAAGUACGACUGCAAGGGCCUGUGAAAGGCAGAGGUGGCGUAUGCCGGGAUCUCGAGGCAGACCUGAAUAGAAUAAAGCAAUCAGGGGCUGGUUGUAUCGUUUGCUGUUUAGAUGACAGUGAACUCGAUUUUCUUGGGGCCCCUUGGCCAGAAUACGAAAGGUGUGCAAGUAAUGCCGGGAUCGAUGUGCUGCGUUUACCCAUUCCAGAAGGACUUGCUCCCCUCACUGCUGCCCAUCUUGAUUCUCACCUAACAGAUCUGAUCAAUCGAUAUACACUUCAGGGUGUGCCGAUUCUUGUUCAUUGUCGUGGUGGUGUAGGUCGAGCAGGGGUUAUUGCCUGCUGUUGGAUUAUGAAGCUUGGCUUGUGUGGGUGGAUCGAUGAGGUGCAAAAACCUUCAAUACCUCAAACUUACACUCAAGGAACCUCCAUGGUCACGGAAGAAACCCUGCACUUUAUAGAAAAGGUGAUCACGCUAGUAAGGAGGAGAAGAAGUGUUAAAGCGGUGGAGACAUACGAACAAGUAAAGUUUUUAGUCGACUUUGUUGAAUUUCUUCGACAGCGUUCUAAAGCAAAAGAGUGA